AUGGGUUCCACUCAAGCUGGUAUUGACGUGUACCUGGCGCAGUUCAACUACGAGUGCUAUAUCUACAUUGCAGCGACAGCAUUCUAUUGCUAUGAUUACUGUCUUACUUUCUCGGACGAAGUGCGAUUCGUUUGGAAAGCCAGGCCGUCGGUUAUAGCGGCACUCUUCUACGUGUUCAGGUAUACGGCACUCUUCAACACAGUCUUCAUGAUUCUUGGCCUACAUGCCUGGCCAAGCUGGCAAUCAGAUCGAAGGUCGUAUCAAAACCCGUUGCACGUAGAAGCCGAAGCUAAGAGAUUUAUCGCAGCUGUACCAUCCUCGUACGCACGGAGAUGGCGGCUUCUGCCGUUUGUUGCCACAUUGCUCCUUGGUUUGAUCAACCCGGCCAUCUCCAUCUACACGUUCAUCAUCAAUGAACCAAUCCUGAUCACGUUUCCGCGAUUAACCUGCGGCCUACAGACACAGGAAGAGUAUGCGCAGCUAUAUGACAAAUUGAUUCAAGGUGCACGGGGAUCUUCCUUGCUGUUCGACUUGGUCGUCUUGAUCAUCACGUGGACGAAGCUCAGGGUUGCCGCGAUGGAUAUUCGGAGCCAAGCGAGGGUCAGUGUUGUGCUGAUCAGGGACAGUAAGUCUUUGCACAGUCUGCAGCUUAUCGUCAAUAUUCUUGGAAUCAGUAUCGGAAGCCUUACUUCCCUGUUGAUACCUAUGUCGACCUGGAUCGCAAUUUUGACAUCCAGUCUCUUAUCACGGCUUCUCUUUGACCUGCGCAAGGUCUCUGCGGAAGGCCUCGGCGUGUCCAUCACUCACACCAUGGGGACUCUUGCCUUCGCUGAUGCACAUUCUCUUGGAGAUGACACAGUCAUGGACACACCAGACGUUACCUCCGGUCGUUACCUAGAUGAAGAGAAUCGUCCGCGGUCGUUACUCGCGAUCCCGACGUCACUGUCCAUCCGCACGUGUCAUUGUAUCGAGGCUUUAGACUCAAAUAUUCCCCCGCCGCAGAACUCUUGUAUCAUGUUCCCGUUCCCUCCGUCCGAGAUGGAGGCAAAUGUCUACUACGCCGGUCUGCCCUCUGCCCCGGCUUUGGUCGCUUGCACUAGCACCACUCCCUGGGAGGCCCCCACAGGCCUGGAGGCGUAUCGGAAUAUCAAGGAGCUGCGCGCGGUCGGCAACCACGCGCUCAAAGAAGCCUGGGAAGACGACUUGGCUAAAGCUCCACGCCCUUCUGGACUCGAUGAAGAGCUGCUGGUGGAAUCCAAUAUCGCCGACGUCGACGUCGAGAUCCGUGAGUCGGUCGUUACCCGCUCGGCCGGUCCCAAGCUCCUCACGCCCACCUACUCUUCCGACUGCACUGUCGAUGUUCGCGAGCCUUUUACCACUACGCUCGGUCUACCCAUCUGUGCCCAGUCUACGCCUUGGGUGGAGGAUACCGGCGGCUUCUUCAUCUCAGAGGGCGGAAAACCCGAGAGACUCCUCCUCGUCACCGCUCGCCAUGUCGUCUUCCCGCCGGACAAGAAUGAGAACAAGCACUUCGAGCAUAAGAACGACAGCCAGCGCUGUUGCGAUGUCAGGCUCUUCGGCGAUGCGGCGUUCAAGAAGUACCUCGAAUCUAUCAAGGCCGGGAUCGGAGGCAAGGCAAUUAUGGCCCAGUAUCAGGAAAGGCGUAUCAAGGCGAUUGAAGGGAAGGGUGACCCGGCAGCGAACAGGGAGCGCCAGGAGGCCCAGGCCGAGUUGGACAAGGCGAUGGCGGUGAUGGAAGAGCUUAACGACUUUUACCAGAACAUUCUGACUCACUGGGACCUCCCAGAGAGCCGCGUCCUGGGCCAUGUGAUCCUCUCUCUUCCCAUCAGCAGCGGCGAGGGUUAUACCGAGGACUGGGCUGCUAUCGAAAUCGAUGCCUCCAAGAUCGACGCGAACAAUUUCAAUGGCAAUGCCAUCGACCUCGGUACCCACAUCCCAGUCGACGAGUUCUCUCGUAUGAUGUGUUCCAAUCCCCGGAAUGCCCAUUCCUUCACGUAUCCGGGCGACCGCCUUCUGAAGCUCAAGGGCACCAUUCCAGACGACGAGAUGCGUCACCCGACCGCACUCGACGAGAACAACGAUCCAUGCCUGAUCGUGAUCAAGCGCGGUAACACCACCAACCUGACUGUCGGCCGUGCCAGCGACAUUUGCUCCUACGCCCGUAUCUACGACGAUAACGACAAAGCCGAGACCUCCAAAGAAUGGGCCAUCCUUCCGUUCGACUCCAAGUCCGGCCCCUUCUCAGCUAAGGGCGACUCGGGUUCUGUCGUCGUCGAUGGCCUCGGACGUAUCGGCGGCCUCCUCACUAGCGGUGCUGGCGCAACACCUUCCUUGGACAUCGCUUACGCCACGCCCAUCAGCUUUCUCCUCAAGCGCAUGCAAGAGAAUGGGCUCAAUCUGGUGAACGCGUCUAGGCAGACCGCCUAG